AUGGCGUACAGCCUGUCGCAUUCGUACUUUGGCGCCAAUUUCGUGUCUGAUUUCAACUGGAUCAAUUAUGCAGAUCCGUCCAACGGCUUCGUACGAUACCAGACCCAGCCGGACGCACUCGCCAAGGGUCUGUACUCGAUCAACCCCGACACGCAGGCCGUGACCCUCGGCGUGGACGACACAAAUGUGUACGCACUAAGCGAAGGCCGGCCCAGCGUGAGGCUGGAGAGCAAGCAGGUCUACAACGGCGGUCUCUUCAUCGGAGACUUUGCGCAUAUGCCCCCGUCGGUGUGCGGACUGUGGCCCGCUUUCUGGAUGUACGGGCCCGACUGGCCUGCCAGCGGAGAGAUUGACAUCAUUGAGGGCGCAAACCAGGCGACCGUGAACGUCAUCUCCGGACACACAACAUCGGGCUGCACCCUGCCCAAUAACCCAGCCGUCAGCGGCCAGACCCUUCUCACCGACUGCGAAAGCCCAGGGACGACCAACAACGCCGGCUGCAACUAUGUUCCCCCCACCUCGGACACGCACACGUAUGGAGACCCUUUCAACGCCGUUGGCGGAGGCGUGUACGCGCUGGAGUGGACGGACGAUGCCAUCAGCGUCUGGCACUGGCCGAGGCAGAGCAUUCCCGCCGACAUUUUGUCCAAGAAGCCCGAUCCGUCCGGGUGGGGUUUGCCGACUGCGCUGUUCGGGACGUCGACCUGCGAGGUUGACAAGUACUUUAAGGAUAUGAGCAUAGUGAUCCAGACGAACUUUUGCGGUGACUACGCCGGCAACAUCUGGGGCCAAGCCAGUGACACUUGCAACCAGGUCGCCCCUACAUGCAACGAAUACGUCGCGAACAACCCCAGUGCAUUCACGAGCGCGUACUGGGAGGUCAACUACAUUGACGUCUACCAGCUGGGCCUGGGCAACACUACAACCAGCACCCCUGAGCCGACGACGACGACGACCGUCAAGACCACGUCCACCGUCUUCACGACGGUACCAAACCCCGCAACCAUGAGCCACAACAACACAGCGAUCAUCUCAACCACUCUCCCCUCUGCUGCGGUCUCCACGGCCCCGCCGAGCCCGUCGACCGAUCCGCUCGUCCCUGAGCGCGAGCCGGCGACCAUUGACGGAUACGCUUUCCUGGGCUGUUUCGGCUCGGCAACAGGCUUCAGCACGUUCACAGCAAAGGCGUCGGCGACGGAUAUGACGCUGCAAAAGUGUGUUGAUCUGUGCACGCCGAGCAAGUAUGCUGGUGUCCACGACAACGAGUGCUUCUGCGCAGACGAGCUCGAUCCCAGUACUAGAGCCGAGGCCGAACGCGCACGCUGCAACAUCCCUUGCCCUGGGAACAGCACACAGUUCUGCGGCGGAAACGCGAAUGUCUCACCAGCCCCGUCCCGUCUUAUGUUCCUUCAUCGUCGCGCCGCGCCGGCCAACUACCUUCUCACCGUCUACGGCCGCGUCAGCGACCAGACGCCUCCCCCGGCGCCACCUCUGGGCGACCCCGAACCUCAUGUCCCGUCGACCUCGACCGUGGUGACAACCGUGACCUACACCACUGUUGUCGACGGCUCAAUGGCGCCCACUGAACACGUGACGACCAUCCUCGUCCCCGGCUGCAACAAGUACUGCGCCGGAGACGGGCAGCCAAAUGCCAUCAUCGUGCCAAUGACCACCACGGUGGUAUCCUGUAAUGCCUGCGGCGCUCACGGGGAAAACCAGGCCACCAUCACCAUCCCGCUGCAAAUGGCGGCAGCACCGGUCACCACGGCCGCGACAGGAUACUAUCCCACCGCCAGCCCAGUGACGACACCACCUCCCGCUGGAGGAGCUGGGGGAGCCGGAGGAUCGCCAGGGAGUGGAGGCGCACCUGGAAGCGGAAGCACACCUCAGCCGUCGAUGGUGCCGAUCAACUCGGCGCCAGGCCGGCACCUCGGCUGGUCUGCGUGCGUGGGAGUCGCAUUCGGGGCGAUCUGCUCCGUGCUGAUGUUUGUUUAA